AUGGCUUCCCGUGGAGGAGCUAAGAAAGAAUUGGAUCCUGAAGAACAAAUGAAGCGAAAACAUCGCGCUAAAUGCUUAUUUCGUGCGCUCGGUCGGCUCGUUAUGGCAAAUGCUUACUGGCUGAUAGAAGCAGUUGACCAAUAUGAAGGUCUAGAUGACGUUAAACGCAGAGUAGAGCAAGCCGUAAGAGGCAAAGCUAAGAAGAAACAAUUGCUAAGCAUACAGGAUAAAGCCCUAUUGAAUAAGCCAGCAGAAGAACGUACAGAUCAGGAAAAGAAGUAUAUUUUUCGCAUUAUCGGUGGCCUAAAAUGUUUUAAACGAUAUCCUAAUCAUGUUAAGAAAAAGCUUGCUGCAGUGACGUAUUUCAAAUAUUACGGCCCAGGCCGUACCAUAGUCCGUCAACAUCAUGAAGCCCACGCCCUCUAUUUCAUAGUCACGGGAGACGUUGUGGUCAGUCAAAUGGUAUUUGAUGAACUACUUCAACAAUACGUGUCUGUUGAUGUGGGUGUGAUGCACCCUGGAGAUAUGUUUGGAGAAGUUUCCCUUUUGCAUAACAUACCUAGAACCGCCACUGUAACUACUACUGGUCAUUGCGAAUUACUUGCACUCAUGAAGGAGGACUUCAAAAAUGUUCUUCAGGCAUCUGUGCAGAAGCAGUGGGAUGAAGUUCGACGUGCCAUGUCCGCAUUUACUUACUUUGAUGCCCUUGAUGAGGUAGCGCGUCGUGAAGGUUGUAUUGUUGCGAAGAUGAAAUCGUACGAACCAAAUGAGACUUUGCUCGGUGACGGCGUGGGUGUAGCCAAUUUCGUUUAUUUUAUCCUAUCAGGCAGAUGUCAGAUGAUUGAAUCUCUACAAGUGAUUGUUACGACGCGUCUAGGCCGCAAUUACUAUGCCUUGUAUGACCCUUACAUACCAAAAGAGGAGAGUGAACAAGAUUUCGACACUAAAUAUUUUGGGGCAUAUAAAGAUCUGAUAAAAGACAGUAAGAGCUCUGAAGGUCGUGAUUCAGUAGUUAGUAAACAGCAAGAUGCUGCGACAGGAAUGAAAAGCGAGUCGAAAGUUAGGGCUAGUAUUUUGAAACAUCCAAGUACAACCAGACGCAAAUCAUCCGAUCCACUGGCACGAGAUAGUGUCCAAGUGGUUAUUGAGCAAGACACCGCUCGAACCAGCAAAGAAAGUGCCACAACAUCGAUUCAAAUAUCGGCCGAAGAAAAUAAAUCAAAAGAUUUUCUACGACCUUCCGUACAUUCAGAAAUGAGACCAUCUGUAAGGUUGAGCGUUAUCACCGAAAGCCCGGGAAUGAGACGUCCUCCACAAAAUCUUAAAACAUAUUUUAUGCAGGUCUGUCAAUUAAAUCCAGGGUCAAGCUUUGGUUUUGGUGAAAAUAUGCGCGAUAGGCGUAUAGUUGCAUUGACCCAUGUGGACUGCAUGCUACUACCAAAAAUAUGGUUGCUACAGCGUAAUACGGCUAAUAUUUGGACGAGAAUUCAACACUAUCUAGAAAAGAAGAUACCCACAAAAAAGCAGUUGUUUAAAGAGUUUGUUGCGGCGAGACGUUGGCAGGAGUUUCGAGAAGAACUUGUCGAUGACGUCAUUGCUCGCUCAAAUACCGUUAAUUGGACCUCUGUCCACGAUGUUCCGUAUUCUAUUCGCAUGGAAGAAAUGCUAGAUAUUUGAUUUUAAUAUUUAAUUUAGACACACAAGG